UUCUCCCAUCAUCAUGACCGACGACAAGACCCGCUACGAGCAUCCGUUGGUGAGCCGCUACGCCACCAAGGAAAUGAGCUUGGUGUGGUCGCCCCACACCAAGUUCUCCACGUGGCGCAAGCUGUGGCUGGCCCUUGCCCGCGCCGAGCAAGAGCUUGGCAUCGCCAUCACGGACGAGCAAUUGCGUGCGAUGGAAAAGGCCAUCUACGACAUCGACUACGCGUACGCUGACGAGAUGGAGAAGAAGUUCCGUCACGAUGUGAUGGCGCACGUGCAUGCGUUCGGCAAGGCGGCCCCGGUUGCCAUGCCGAUCAUCCACUUGGGCGCGACGUCUUGCUACGUCGGGGACAACGCGGACAUCAUCCAGAUCAAGCAAGGGCUCGAGCUGGUCCAGCGCAAAUUGCUCAAGGUCAUCAAGACGUUGCGCGAAUUCGCGGUCGAGUACAAGGACAUGCCAACCAUGGGGUUCACCCACUUCCAGCCCGCGCAGCUUGUGACUGUCGGUAAGCGCGCCACGCUGUGGAUCCAAGACUUCCUCUUGGACCACGACCGGUUGGAAGCUCAAAUCCAAUCGCUGCCGCUGCGUGGCGUGAAGGGCACCACCGGCACCCAAGCCAGCUUCCUCGAGCUCUUCAAUGGCGACCACGACAAGGUGAAGCAACUGAACCGCAAGGUGGCUGACCAACUCGGCUUUGAACACGUGAUCCCCGUGUCGGGUCAAACGUACACGCGCAAAAUCGACUUCUUCGUGCUGAGCAUCCUCAGUGGCAUCGCCCAAUCGUCGUACAAGAUGGCUGGCGACAUUCGGCUCUUGGCCAACAUGAAAGAGAUUGAAGAGCCGUUCGAGAAGAACCAGAUCGGGUCCUCGGCCAUGGCGUACAAGCGCAACCCCAUGCGUUCGGAACGCGUGUGCAGUUUGGCUCGCUACGUCAUGUCGCUGACCGACAACGGCGGCCACACCCACGCGUCGCAAUGGUUUGAGCGCACGCUGGACGACUCGGCCAACCGCCGCAUUGUCCUGCCCGAAGCGUUCUUGGCCACCGACGUGAUCUUGAACUUGAUUGCCAACGUCAGCGACGGCCUCCAAGUAUGGCCCAACGUGAUCGCUGCGCACAUCCGCGCGGAACUGCCCUUCAUGGCGACCGAAAACGUGCUCAUGGCGUGCGUCAAGGCCGGCGGGGACCGUCAGGACCUCCACGAAGCCAUCCGCGAACACUCGAUGGCCGCGGGCCGCCGCGUCAAGGAAGAAGGCGCGGCCAACGACCUCCUCGAACGCAUUGCCGCCGACGACCGUUUCGCCGCCGUGCACGCGACCAUGGACCAACUGCUCGACCCCAAGCUGUUUGUCGGCCGGUCGCCCCAGCAAGUGGACGAAUUCGUCGCCGAGUGCGUGGACCCGCUGCUGGAAAAGUACCAGACGCUGCUGCUCGUCGACAGCGUCGAUGCCAUCAACGUCUAGAAAACGACGUUCGAGCAACGAAUAUGUACAUACCCUAGUCACGUUGAAUCAAAAACGCUUUCGAUCGCAUUGUCAAUGCCAGUUGUAUUCCAACACAAUAAAGUGCUUCAACGUGGACAUUUCAAC